AUGAGCUGCGCCGUCAGGCAGGUCCUCACCACCUGCUCGCAGGGCUCCGCGGCCGCCGGCGCACGGAAGGUCUCCUCCGCCUCCUCGGGCAGACACUCUGCCUACGACCUGGGCGCCGUGGUCGGCAGCUUCUCCGGCGGCAGCCUGAGCGAGGGAUUACUCGGGAAGCAGCUGAGCGGCGGCAGUGCCGCGGGUGGCAGCUUCGGAGCUCCCCAGAGGGCUUGCUCUGCCCUGGGCUUCGGCGGCGCCGGCAUCUGCGCUCGGGGCGCCGGCGGCUUCGGCAGGGCCAGCGGCGGCUGCGGGGAUGGGAUCCUGUUCGCUAACAAUGAGAAGGCAACGAUGCAGAACCUCAACGACCGCCUGGCCUCCUACCUGGACAAGGUGAGGCUGCUGGAGGGGGACAACGCUGACCUGGAGUGCAAGAUCAGGGAGUGGUAUGCCAAGGUGGGGCCCAGCUGCGAGCCGCGGGACUACAGCUGCUACCACAAGGAGAUCGAAGACCUCCAGAACCAGAUCCUGUGUGCAGCCAUGGAGACUAACAAAAUCCUUCUGAACAUUGAUAACAACAGGAUGACUGCAGAUGACUUCAGAGUGAAGUUCGAGACGGAGUGUGGGCUCCGGCAGAACGUGGACACAGACAUCAGCAACCUGCGGCCGGUGCUGGACCAGCUGGCCAGCUGCAAGACAGACCUGCAGCUGCAGUGCGAGGCUCUGACCGAGGAGAUGUGCUGCCUCAAGACCAACCACGAGGAGGAGAUGAGCUGCCUGAGGAAGCAGGCGACUGGGGACGUGAGUGUGGAGGUCAAUGCCUGCCCUGGCCCAGACCUGAGGAAGAUCCUGGAGGACCUGAGGUGCCAGUACGAGACCCUGAUGGAGCGCAACCGCAAAGAGACUGAGCAGUGGUAUGCCUGCAAGGUGGAGGAGGUGAACCUGGAGGUGAUCACAAGCAGCCAGGAGAUCGAGUCAAGCAACAAGCAGGUGACUGAGCUGAGGCGCCAGCUGCAGGCCUUGGAAAUCAACGUGCAGGCUCAGCUCACCAUGAAGGAGAACCUGGAGUCCUCGCUGGCAGAGACCGAGUGCCGCUACAACAGGUACCUGGCGGAGCUGCAGGCGCAGAUCUCCUGCGUGGAGCAGCGGCUGGCGGAGAUCCGGGCGGAGAUGGAGUGCCAGAACCAGGAGUACAAGACCCUGCUGGACGUCAAGUGCCGCCUGGAGCAGGAGAUCCAAACCUACCACUGCCUGCUGGAGGGGGGGCAGCAGGACCUCAUAGGGCAGGUGGGAAGAGGAGUCCCUGCAGCACCAGCUGGGAGAAGUGCUGGGCUGAAGACCACCCUGUGCCAGCCCUGUCUGCCCUGA